AUGUCUAUUAAAUAUGUUAGUAAGAAUUUAUUCUUAUUAAAAAGAAUAAUUCCAAUUGAAAUAAAUCGAACACUUUCAUCUACAUGUUAUCAUUGGAAAAUCUUAGGUAUUGGUGCUUGUAAGAAAUUAGCUAGUAAAGCACAAGAUAAUCUUCAAUCAUUAGGUUAUAAAAAUACAAAAGUUAUUGGAAUCAAUGAUACUAAAGAAAGUGAUGAAGAAUUUAUUAAAAAAUUAAAAGAAGAAAAAUGGGAUGCAAUAUCAAUAGGUGGUUAUGUCAAUGGAUUUGAUCUUAAUUUUUCAAUUAAUGAUAAUAAUGUACCAAAGAAUCGUGAAGAUAUACUUAUUUGGUUUAAUCGUAUUUUAAAUCUUAUUCAUGAACAAGCACCAAAAUCAAAAAUAAUUUUAGUUAAAUCACCCGAACAUAUCCAUGAAGGAAUUCAACGAAUUAUGAAAAAGAAAUCAAACGAUUAA